GUAUCUUUUGAUAUAUAAUCCUACUGAACAAGAGAGGUUCUCAGUGGUUUCGGUCAUCGUGAGUUCACCUAGAGUUAAAUUAUUAUCUCCUUUGGGAAAACCUGUUACUCUCCAGAUUAGUGCUGUUUGGGAUGGAGCAACUACAAUAUCACAUGAAGCCUAUCAGAUCUCUUUCUUGGCACAUCUACCACCUUUGGGGCUUGGAGUUUACCAGCUUUUGGAAGUUCCAAAUUCAGAAGCAAUUUUAGCAGACUAUAAUAUAUAUAUGAGUGGAAGGGAUAGUGUGCAGGAGAAGCCAGACAGAUUUUUCAAGAUAAAAGAGAUGCAAAAUUCUGUGGAUAAUAUAAUUUUAGAAAAUUCUUACAUGAAACUAUGGUUUUCUGGAACAUCUGGAUUACUGGAGAAAAUAAAUACAAAAGAGGAUGGUAAAAACCAUCAAAUGAAGGUGGAAUUUGCUUGGUAUGGAACUACCAGUAAUCGUGAUAAGAGUGGAGCUUAUCUCUUCUUACCCGAUGGAGACGCCAAGGUAAACUUGUCUUUGCACAGAGAUUCUAAUCGUGUAGUAGCUUGAAGCCUUCUGUAAAUA